UCAGCAUUUCACUGUAAGGUCUACUACACCUGUUGUAUUCAGCAUUCCACUGUAAGGUCUACUACACCUGUAGUAUUCGGAACAUUUGAUUUCAUUUCAUUUACUGGACUUUAUAAGCUGGGUGGUUCGAACCCUGAAUGCUGAUUGGCUGAAAGCCAUGGUAUAUCAGACCGUAUAUCAAGGGUAUGACAUAACAUGUCUUUUUACUGCUCUAAUUACGUUGGUAACCAGUUUAUAACAGCAAUAAGGCACCUCGGGGGUUUGUGGUAUAUGACCAAUAUACCACAGCUUAACGCUGUAUCCAGGCACAUAACAGCCCUUAGCCGUGUUAUAUUGGCCAUAUUCCACACCCCCUCGGGCCUUAUUGCUUAAGUGUACUGUGAGAGAUGUUUUUCAUGCACGCACAGUAUUAGGCAAGCUGUUUUUCAACACACAUACCACACUGACUGAGAUGGACAACUUCAUAUUACUCACCCAAAAGUUUCUCAAUCCUAAUGGUGGAAGGUAGGCAACCUAGCGGUUAAGAAUGUUGAGCCAGUGACUGAAAGGUUGCUGGUUCAAAUCCUGGGCCGAAUAGGUGAAUAAUCUGCCAAUGUGCUCUUGAGGCAAGGCACUUAGCCAUAUUUUCUCCUGUAAGUCGCUCUAGAUAAGAGUAUCUGUUAAGUCACGUAAAUGUAAAAUGUACCAAACACAACUCAAUCACUGCCUAAACUGCUCAAGCAAAAGGUUUACUUGUAUACUUUUGGUCAUCUCUUUGUCAAUAUGCUCCACAGAAUUCUUUAAAAAAAAAACUUUAAUCACUUAACCGUUUCACUUAUUUUGAAAGUGUCUGAAUUAUUCAUAAUUGUUUUUCUCAUUCUGCUCCUUUUUAUGUAAUAGUAAAAAAGGAGCAUGCCCUAAAUGCUUGAAGACAUCGACUACUACACUGUACUAUACUAUAUUAUAUUGUACUAUGCUAUACUAUGUUAUACAGUACUAUGCAAUACAAUACUGUACUAUAUUAUACUGCUAUACCAUAUUAUACAAUACUAUGGUAUUCUAUAUUAUACUGUGCUAUGAAAUACAAUACUGUAUUAUAUUAUACUAUAUUAUACCGUACUAUGCAAUGCAAUACUGUGUUAUAUUAUACUAUACUAAACCCAAAGGAGCAGUAGGCUACUGCAAUGUCUGAAUAAGCCUCAUUCACUCAUAAGCCCAUGGUUAAGUCCAUGCCUGUCUGCCUCUUUCUUUACUAUCUAAAACACAGCUAACCGACAUAGAGCUGUGUAAACAGAAAAGCUUUUAGAAGUCCUGCAGACUGUGACACUCACCUCUCAACACAUUGACAGGGCCCAGACAGCCAGUGCAACAGAAGUGAUAUCACACUCCUGUCAUUGCUUAGAGACCGCAUGUUUGAGCCUAUGGUUGCCACUGUGAGGGAGACAUGUUUAUUACCUUGGCAACAACUUGUACAACAAUACAGUCCCAUCCCCUCUGUAUACCUGACAAUGUUAUUGUUGAAUCCCAAAAGCUAAUGCAAUCUGUUCUCUAAACUAUGAAGAAUAUUAAUUAAAUUUGAAAACAAUUUGAAGUGUCUGUUUAGGGUUGUGUGGCUAUAGAAGUUUCCUAGGAGAGAAUGGUUAAACUUUUCAAGAAGUCUGUCUUUUUCUAGUGACAUCUCGGAUCUCAGGACAAUUCUUCUGGAAUGCAGCACUCUGGGAAUGUUCCCGAGAUGGAUUGAAGAAUGACAAGAGGCCUGGAUUGCACAUCACAAGUGUCAGAAGGAUCUGACCAGCAUCCAGCCCUACCACGAUAGGUGCUGCUCGGUGGAAAAGCACGAGCCAUGGAUAACCUGUACACGUGCCUCAAGAGAGAGAUAGCCUCCUUCCAGGACCAUGUCCAGCAAUGCAAACACUCCUUCAACAUGGACGCUCUUCACCCAGUCUUGAGUGCCCUAACCACAAAAGAGCAGGAUGAAAUCCACACCUUGGAGCAGCUGCGGGAUCUCCUCUCCAAGGUUCAAGAGGAGCCUGCGGUGGAGGUCAGUGGCUACGGCGACUCGGAAAUAAAGCGUUGCAUCACCUGGCUUCUCUCUUUCGUGGAAUAUCUCAGCGCCAUGAAAGAGACCUUUGACGAGAAAGUGGUAGUCCCUCUCUGCGAGAACCUGUACGUAACUGAGGAAGACGAGAGCACAGUCGCUUCUUCUGAUCAGACUGUCCCUUUCACCUCUGACCCUCAAAGCCCGCCCCAUACAUCUGUGACUAAGGUGGCCAAUGAGCUCCUUGUUCUCCGACGCAGAUGGGCUUUGAUGCUUGCCCCUGGUCCAAUCAAGGCAGAGAACUUCAGUCUACUGACCAAUACUGAUGGGGCUGAGCGGUUCACUGAGCGGUUCGCCAAGAUCCAAUGGCUUGUACCAGAUAUCCUCUAUAAGAGCUCUAGGGCUGCUCAACUUGCCUAUCAGUGGGUGAACCUGCACCAGUGUGGGCACAGGGGUAGAAGAGUAGGGGCCAGUGUGUUGGAGGUUACCGAGACAGCCCCGAUGAGGUCUACUGGCCGGGAAGCGAGUGAUGAAUAUAUCCUGGUUGAGGUAGAAAGGAGAAGGGAGGGAAUGGCCGGACAGGCCCAAGCCAGACUGAUGGAGUCUAGGAUGGAGCUCAUGGCUUUGGCCGGGAAAGAGCAUAGGGUGCUAUCUCUGGAGGUGAGGUUAGAGAAGGUCACCUACUGGAUCCAGGACCUCCAGGCCAAACUCCGACAGGAGAGGUUGAUGGUAGAAAGUGGGGCCCAGCAGGAGGCCAGCGAUGUGGGGGAAAGGACGACAGAGGAGCUGGUCCUCAACCCAAGUCUAGAGCUGGAGAGGAGGCUGAGGAUGGAAAGGUACCAUCAAAAGAUACUUCUGGGAGACCUGCUGAUGCAGCUUAAGAUUCGCCCAGUUCUCAUACGCUACACUGAUAUGGUGAGGGAUCGAUGCAAACAGCAGGAGGAGACACUACGGGCCAUGGAGGGCAGUAUGGGUACCAGGUUCCCUUCAAAGCCUGAGAGCCUCAACCUCUCCAAACAGUGAAUCCAUCUUCUCUAGCCUGUUGUCCCUCACAUAGACACCCCGCAAGAGACACUCAUCCUGGGGUACAAGUCUAGGCUGCCUCCUGCUCAUACUCCCAGGGUUGAGGGAGUCCUUCAUCCCUAGGCCUGCAGAUGGACAUUCAACCCAACAAAUGGAUUGUUGCCUGGGGGAUGCAUACUAAUGAAUCCUGGACAAUGCUCCAGCCUCACAUUAGGCCCCUCAGAAGUGAUACCACCCAUAUUUGAUUUAGUUUAAGUCUUUCUUUUCAUUCCACCUAAUUUAGUCAACGAUGAACACGCACGCAGGCACACACACACACACGCAAAUUGUGUUUAUUAGUGACUGUCCUUAAUGUAACUACAGUAGUGACUGUCCUUAACCCAGUCUGUAACUACAGUGGUGACUGUCCUUAACCCAGUCUGUAACUACAGUCGUGACUGUCCUUAACCCAGUCUAUAACUACAGUGGUGAUUGUCCUUAACCCAGUCUGUAACUACAGAGGUGACUGUCCUAAACCCAGUCUGUAACUACAGUGGUGACUGUCCUUAACCCAGUCUGUAACUACAGAGGUGACUGUCCUAAACCCAGUCUGUAACUACAGUCGUGACUGUCCUUAACCCAGUCUAUAACUACAGUGGUGACUGUCCUUAACACCGUCUGUAACUACAGUGGUGACUGUCCAUAACCCAGUCUGUAACUACAGAGGUGACUGUCCUAAACGCAGUCUGUAACUACAGUAGUGAAUGUGUUUAACCCAGUCUGUAACUGCAGUGGUGACUGUGUUUAACCAAGUCUGUAACUACAGAUGUGACUGUCCUAAACCCAGUCUGUAACUACAGUCGUGACUGUCCUUAACCCAGUCUAUAACUACAGUCCUUAACCCAGUCUGUAACUACAGAGGUGACUGUCCUAAACGCAGUCUGUAACUACAGUAGUGAAUGUGUUUAACCCAGUCUGUAACUGCAGUGGUGACUGUGUUUAACCCAGUCUGUAACUGCAGUGGUGACUGUCCUUAACCCAGUCUGUAACUACAGUGGUGACUGUGUUUAACCCAGUCUGUAACAGCAGUGGUGACUGUGUUUAACCCAGUCUGUAACUACAGUGGUGACUGUGUUUAACCCAGUCUGUAACUGCAGUGGUGACUGUCCUAAACCCAGUCUGUAACUGCAGUGGUGACUGUGUUUAACCCAGUCUGUAACUACAGUGGUGACUGUGUUUAACCCAGUCUGUAACUGCAGUGGUGACUGUCCUAAACCCAGUCUGUAACUGCAGUGGUGACUGUGUUUAACCCAGUCUGUAACUGCAGUGGUGACUGUCCUUAACCCAGUCUGUAACUACAGUGGUGACUGUGUUUAACCCAGUCUGUAACUGCAGUGGUGACUGUGUUUAACCCAGUCUGUAACUGCAGUGGUGACUGUGUUUAACCCAGUCUGCAACUGCAGUGGUGACUGUGUUUGACCCAGUCUGUAACUGCAGUGGUGACUGUGUUUAACCCAGUCUGUAACUACAGUGGUGACUGUGUUUAACCCAGUCUGUAACUGCAGUGGUGACUGUCCUAAACCCAGUCUGUAACUGCAGUGGUGACUGUGUUUAACCCAGUCUGUAACUGCAGUGGUGACUGUCCUUAACCCAGUCUGUAACUACAGUGGUGACUGUGUUUAACCCAGUCUGUAACUGCAGUGGUGACUGUGUUUAACCCAGUCUGUAACUGCAGUGGUGACUGUGUUUAACCCAGUCUGCAACUGCAGUGGUGACUGUGUUUGACCCAGUCUGUAACUGCAGUGGUGACUGUGUUUGACCCAGUCUGUAACUGCAGUGGUGACUGUGUUUAACCCAGUCUGUAACUGCAGUGGUGACUGUCCUUAACCCAGUCUGUAACUACAGUGGUGACUGUCCUUAACCCAGUCUGUAACUGCAGUGGUGACUGUCCUUAACUCUCUGUACACAAGCCAAUACAAGAAAACAAUGAAUGUCCGAAGAGAGCACAACCCA